GCGAACAACAGCCCUAUUUGAACAGAUGUCACCGUGAGAGAGACGGAGCUACUGCCGCUUCUUCUUCUGCUGCUGCUGCUGCUGCAACAAGAGACGAGACGCGUCUUGGAUCACAAAUAGGGAUGCAGAGCGCAUGCGCACUGGGCCCCGCUUACUGGAGGAUAUUCACGGCGGUAGAGAGAAAAAAAGGGGACAGGCAACAAACCAGGCUUUUUUGAAACAGCAGAAAAAAAGCAAAAAAGCACGACCAGUGCAAUGCGAAUAACACCAAGAAGGGACACGAAACAGGAUUAUCAACAGGUGUGAUGAGACAAAGGAACAAAGAAUGCCUUAGCGGAGAGGUUGCCUUUAUGCCUGGAAACCUCUUCAAAGCACACCACCAAAUGGAUGUAACACCUCCGCCUGCCACCUCUAGAUCAUGAUACUUGGCUGACGCUAUUCCGCUAUCUUUAUGAUCCCUCCUCCAUCUAUGGCGAACUAUAGCCAUGCAGGGGACCACACCAUCUUGCAAAAUGUCUCUCCUCUCGCCACCUUCCUCAAACUGACCUCUCUUGGUUUCAUCAUCGGAGUCGGUGUGGUCGGAAACCUCCUGAUCUCCAUCCUGCUGGUCAAAGAUAAGAGCCUGCACCGCGCGCCAUACUAUUUCCUGUUGGACCUGUGCGCCUCAGACAUCCUGCGCUCCGCCAUCUGUUUCCCCUUCGUCUUCACGUCGGUCAAGAAUGGAUCCGCGUGGACCUACGGCACGCUGACGUGCAAGGUGAUCGCCUUCCUGGGUGUGCUCUCCUGUUUCCACACAGCGUUCAUGCUUUUCUGUGUGAGUGUCACUCGCUACCUUGCCAUCGCUCAUCACCGCUUUUACACCAAGAGGCUGACGUUCUGGACCUGUCUGGCGGUCAUCUGCAUGGUGUGGACAUUGUCAGUGGCCAUGGCAUUCCCUCCGGUGCUAGACGUAGGGACGUACUCUUUUAUACGGGAGGAGGACCAGUGCACAUUCCAGCACCGUUCCUUCAGGGCGAAUGAUUCGCUGGGUUUCAUGCUCCUCCUGGCACUUAUCCUCCUGGCCACACAGCUGGUUUACCUCAAGCUCAUCUUUUUCGUCCACGACCGUCGAAAGAUGAAGCCUGUCCAGUUUGUGCCUGCCGUCAGCCAGAACUGGACCUUUCACGGGCCAGGCGCCAGUGGGCAGGCAGCGGCCAACUGGCUGGCCGGAUUCGGUCGCGGCCCCACCCCGCCAACUUUGCUGGGCAUCCGGCAGAACAGCAACGCAGCAGGCCGCAGGCGUCUACUGGUGUUGGAUGAAUUCAAAACAGAGAAGAGGAUUAGUAGGAUGUUCUACAUUAUGACGUUUUUCUUCCUGGCGCUGUGGGGGCCCUAUCUGGUCGCCUGCUACUGGCGGGUGUUUGCGAGGGGCCCUGUAGUCCCUGGAGGCUACCUGACGGCAGCCGUGUGGAUGAGCUUUGCCCAGGCUGGGGUCAACCCUUUCAUCUGCAUCUUCUCCAACAGGGAGCUGCGGCGCUGCUUCAGCACCACACUCCUCUACUGCAGAAAAUCCAGGUUACCAAGGGAACCUUACUGCGUUAUAUGAAGGUUUUGCUGUGGGUUUUUUUCUCAUCUUAUGUCUCAAUUUCCCUGAUUGAUCUUGAUCUGCUGGGCUCUAUCCCACUGUACAGCGCACUCUCUCUUUCUAUCUCUCUUCUCUUCAUCCUCCAGUCUCUCCUCCUGUUCCUCCUUCUCCUCCUUACGCUGUUUUCCGAGGUAGAAGGUGGACUUGCCAAUCACGAGGCUCUGCUGGGGUUGAUUGAAUAUGAAAUAUAUCAAACGUGGAGGCUGAAGGGAAUGGGAAUGCACAGGAGGUGUGGAUCCCCUCCUGUGUUUAUGUUCUAGUAACAUUGUGGAAGGCCAAGCCAAUGCAGAGAAGCAAAAAGCUGGAAAAAAAAGAGAGAAAAAACAACAACAAAUUGAGCGAACAAUGAUAACAUGACUUCUUUCUUUGGAUAAUUUGUGAGGUGUGAAUUACAUAAAUAUGAAAAGUUAAGAAAAAAAACAACAGCGUCAAAAACAAACAGUACCUCUCAAGGAAUCACUGGAAAUGUUUUACAUUUUAAGAGUUGCACUAAAAAGAAGAUGUAAAGAUGCUUUUUUUUUUUUGGUCAACAGUUGCCGGUUGCAUUGCAAGGACAACUUAUUUUUCCUUUCCUUUUUUUUCCCAAACUAAACAGUGAAUGCUUUAAUUUGCAACAGACUACACAAUCGCUGUAAGUAAGAAAAACUGUCGGAAUACACCAUCUCAAGAGGAUAAAAUGGUUUUAAUGUAAGUGAUGAUCUUUUUUUUCCAUUUCCUGGG